GGGCGGGGUGCCCCUCGGCUCUUCCUCAUCCCCUUCUCCCCGAAAGCGAAGAGCGGGCGGGACCCAGGGCAAGCGGCGGAGGUGUGAGCCCAAAGCCCCGAGCCCGGAGCGCGGCGCACGCCCCCUCCGCCGCUCCGCUCCCCCCGGGGCCUCCGCGCAUCCUCCCCUGCCCAUUGGCUCCACGGCGGGGGGGCCGCGGCCCUAUAUAAAGGCAGGGUCGGGAGGCUCCAGAAGGGGUUAAAAAAAACCCCAAACAACAAACCCAAAACCCCAAAACCCGACCGCCCCACCCCAAACCCCGCAGCCGCCUCCGCCACCGGAGCCGCGCUCCCCGCAGCCCGCCGCGCCCGCCCGGCGGGGAGCGCCUCCCGCCCGGCCAUGGAGCGCUGCUGAGCGGCCCCCGGGGCCAGCGGAGCGGAUCAUGAACCUGGUGGGGGGCUACCAGCAUCACCACCACCACCACCAUCACCACCACAUGCUGCACGACCCUUUCCUCUUCGGGCCGGCGGCGCGGUGCCACCAGGAGCGCUCCUACUUCCCCGGCUGGGUGCUCAACCCGGCCGAGGCGACCCCCGAGCUCGCCGGGCAGAGCCCUAACUACGGCCCCGCCGAGUACGGCCCGGCCGGCCCGGGGCGGCUGGAGGCUCUCAGCGGCCGCCUGGGACGGCGAAAAGGCGUCGGGGGACCCAAGAAGGAGCGGCGGAGGACGGAGAGCAUCAACAGCGCCUUCGCCGAGCUCCGCGAGUGCAUCCCCAACGUGCCCGCCGACACCAAGCUCUCCAAGAUCAAGACCCUGCGCCUGGCCACCAGCUACAUCGCCUACCUGAUGGAGGUGCUGGCCAAGGACAGCCAGCCCGGCGACACCGAGGGCUUCAAAGCCGAACUCAAGAAGGCGGAUGGCAGGGAGAACAAGAGGAAAAGGGAGACGCAGCCCGAGGUCUAUUCGCAGCCUCUGGGUCACGGCGAGAAGAAGCUGAAGGGCCGGACGGGUUGGCCCCAGCAGGUCUGGGCUCUGGAACUGAACCCCUGAGAGCUGCCCCGCCGCCCCGACGGCCCUCCCCGCCCGCCCCUCCAUGUGCAAUGUCGGAGAGAGCCCAGCCCGGUCCCGGAGCCCAUCCAGGCGCAGGACACGGGGAGCCGGCCCGGCUGCCCCCCGCCCGGACGGAUGCUCCUCGGGAGAGAGGCGAGAGCGCUCUGCGGGCUCGGUCCUGCCCGCCUCGUCGGCAGCGGGGACCAGCCGGGCCCUUUCCCCCCGUCCCCUUCCCGCAUUUGCAGUAAUCGUUGCUCCCUCCCGCUGCCAGCAGCGAUCGGCGGCUCCUGCCCUGCCGGGCCGGAGCGGACGGUUCGAUUCGUUUGCUGUUGUAAAUACGAGCCCCCGAUCCCCUCUCCCCGUCCGCUGCCUGACCGACGUGUGGCUGCGGUGAAACUACCUAGAGGUGCAUUUGGGAACACUCCUGUGCCGGGUUUUCUACCUCAGAUCUGCAUGACCACUUCCCGAGGGACCGAGCGCGCCACACCACGUAUUUAAAAAUGAAUAGCUAAAAAAAAAUUUAAUAAAAUAAAAUUUAAACUUUAUGCAAAUGGCCUCGGGUCCGAGCCCUCUGCUUUCCCCUGCUCCGGCGAUCGCGCUGCUCUGGCCGGGUCCCCUGCGCUGCCCACAGGGAUGCUGCGGGAUUAAAGACAUCCCUGAAGUCAGUACUCUGCUGUGGGGCCGAUCCAUGUCAGGGAAUUCCUUCUUGGGGAGCUCGGGAUCCUUCGAGAUCCUUGUUUACGCCGUCCUUGCUCAGCGCAGGAGCUGGUGGAGCUCUGCAAACGUGUACCCGCGACCUCCUCCAGGGCACGGGCUCUGCCCCUGCCCUACCACCCCUUCCCUCCCCAGGAGCCCGGCUAGAGGGACUGCACUCGUGUUCGCCUUGGGGAAGGAUGGCCGGAUCAGGCCUUUCCAGC